UGGCCUAGUAGGAUAUGAAUGGCCAAUGUAACCAAUUAAAUUAGCUAUAGUGUCUAUAUAUGGCGCCAUUGAAUUAACGGUUGAGAAUAAUCAAUUGAGGGAAAGUGAUCCAUCAUCACUCAACAUUAUCAUUUCUGGUUGGCAUUGAUAAAAACAAACAUCUUCUUUUUCUUCUUCUUCAUCUAAGGUACCUUCCUUGAUUCCUCUCCACUUUCCACCCUCUUCUAUGCUCCAGUUUUUCCGGCAAAUGCUCGCUGCCGGAAAUUCUGAUCACAGAAGAGGAUUCCUAUUUCAAUUUGCGAGGCCAUGAAUGAUACUACCGAAGAAUGCAACAAUAAUUAUGAAAAUGAGAACAAUUAUAAUAUUAAUGAUACCCCUUUAGUUUUCAUUGAAAAUGAUGAAAAAAGUCUCAAUGAGGAUCAAGAACAAGAAUUGGUGGUGGAAGAUAAUAAUGAUGGGGUUAUUGAAACACCAAGUCCUGCUGGAAUUAAACUCAAGAUAAAGAAAUCAUUGUUGGAAUUUCGAUGCAAAGUCGAAGGUGCAAUUCUUGGAAACUAUUUGUUAGAACAACAAGGAGAAAAAAUAGCAUUUACAAAGGAAGAUAUUAGAGAUGUUACAUUAUGGGGUGUACCUUUGUUACCAAGUAAGGCACAUGAAGGUACUGAUGUUGUUUUGAUGAAAUUCUUAAAGGCUAAAGAUUAUAAGGUUAAUGAUGCAUUUGAUAUGUUACAGAAGACUAUGGUUUGGAGAAUUAAAAAUAAUGUUGAUAAAAUUCUUGAUGAAGAUUUGGGUUCUGAUUUUGAAAAUUCUGGAAUUUUGGAUAGUAGGGAUAAGGAAGGAAGACCUGUUUGUUACCAUCUUUUUGAGGUUUUCAAAGACAAGGUUUUGUAUAAGAAGACAUUUGGAACACAAGAGAAAUGUGAACUUUUUUUGAGGUGGAGAAUUCAGUUGAUGGAAAUUGCUGUUAAAAAGUUGUGUUUUAGAGGAGGGGUUGAUUCAACUAUUCAGGUUUUUGAUUUAAAGAAUUCACCAAUUCAAGGAAUGAAAGAGCUUAGUGCACUCAGCAAAAAGGCUCUUAUAUUGUUUCAGAAUUAUUAUCCUGAGAUUGUUUACAAAAAUAUUGUAGUAAAUGCACCAUUUUGGUUCUACACUUCACAAGUUUUAUUCUCAAGGUUUAUGAACCAGAGAAAUAAAAAGAAGUUCAUCUUGGCAAGACCACAAAAGGUUACACAAAUUCUUCUCAAGUAUAUAGCCCCAGAACAUCUUCCAGCUGAAUAUGGUGGUCUAAGGAGGAAUGGUGACCAAGAUUUUUCCCCUGAUGAUAAGGUUUUGGAGCUUAAAAUCAAAGCAAAUUCUGUUUCUACAGUUGAAUUUCCAGUUAAUGAGAGUGGAGUGACAAUAAUGUGGGAUGUAACUGUGGUUGGAUGGGAUGUGUCUUACAAAGAAGAGUUCAUUCCAGAUGAUGAAGGCUCAUACACUAUAUUACUACAAAACCAAAACAUUGUCGGUGACAGUACUAGAAACUCUUUUUACAUCAGUGAACCAGGGAAGAUAUUAUUAACAGUUGAGAAUGGUAAUUACAAGAAGAAGAGAAUGUAUUAUAGAUCAAAAACUAGAACCACUGUUCCUAUGUUCAUAUUACUAUCAUAACAAAAUGGUUUCUCCAUUUAAUUUGAAGAUAUUGUUUGUAUAUUUAUUAUUCUUUUGCA